AUGGAGGUCUGCUCGAAGUCUCUUUAUGCCUACCAAAAAGUGCAGUCGGCUAUUCGCGACCAUGAAGCUGAUGUAGACAUCUCGGUUUCUAUUCCUAAGACUCGUGCCAAAGUAGUAGUUGUCGGCUCCUCAGGUGUUGGUAAGACAUCGGUGAUCUAUCGCCAUCGCUUCGGUAACCGAUCAGCUCCAUUCACAUCAACUAUCGGUGCAUCCUUCGUGGAAUGUGAAGUGGAGAGCAGCUAUGAGAACGUUAGUCUCCAAAUAUGGGACACUGCUGGUCAGGAACGGUUUCGUUGCAUGGUCCCCAUGUAUAUGCGCAACUCCGCAGCUGCAAUCAUAAUGUACGACAUAACGAAUAGACAGUCAUUUGAAGAUGUAGACAAAUGGAAUGAAGAGUUACGCAAAUGCUGUGGAAUAUCAGACCCGGUGGUGGUUUUGAUUGGAAACAAGUGUGAUCUACACGACAAACGGCGAGUCUCAACAGCUGAAGGUCAGGCCAAAGCACUAGCACUUGAUGCGCGCUUUUAUGAGAUUUCGGCCGAAAAGCCUAUAACGUUUUCGCUUAUGUUGGAGGACCUUUGUCAUGAUCUGCUCUCCGUUCCAUGUGCUGAUGAUCUCUCAUCUACUUCUUCCCGUUCUAAUAUUAUUCAACUAUCUUCAAGUGCCUCUUCGAACAGUCGAAAGAGGCCUGGUAAGCAAAAACAAGAAUUCAGAAGAGGAAAAUCUUCCCCUACAAGAUUCUCGAAACUGGACGAAACUGGUUACUUCAAGUGCGAGUUGAGUCGUUCGACAUCAUUUGGAGUCAUGUCUAAAGAAAUUCGUUGGUAG